AGUAGUAGAGUGGGUGUUGUCUUUGUGAGAUUUUUAGGAACUUGUUUCACAGAGCAAAUCCUACACAAUGUGUGAACAGUUUUGUGGAACUUGGAAGUUAGUUUCCAGUGAGAAAUUUGAUGACUACAUGAAAGAACUUGGAGUGGGCUUUGCCACAAGGAAGAUUGGUGGUGUUGCCAAACCCAAUGUCAUCAUCACCUGCAAUGGUAAUGCCAUGACUAUCAGAUCAGAGAGCAGUUUCAAGACCGUAGAGAUUUCUUUCAAACUGGAGGAAGAAUUUGAUGAAACCACAGCAGAUGACAGGAAAGUAAAGAGUGUUGUGACAUUAGAGAAUGGCACACUGGUUCAUUUGCAGAAAUGGGAUGGCAAAGAGACCACAAUAAAAAGGAAAAUAGAGGAUGGAAAGCUGGUUAUGGAAUGUACGAUGAACAACGUUACCUCGACCAGAAUCUAUGAGAAAGCAUGAAGCCUCCAUUUUGUGCAGUUAACAGGACCCUGCAGCAGAGGACAGAAUUUGGUUCAGGGAACAAAGCCUAAUAUGAUCACAGUGGCUUUCUUCAAAGAACUGAGUUAUUGACACACCAACUCCAAAGCACCUUGUAUACGAAGUUGAAGUAUUGUGGUUAUUCAAUAAAUUGCUCACUGAUAUCGGGGAAACAA